AUGACAUCACAAUUUCCAAGUUCAAAUUUAAAAAAAAUACAAGCAUUCAUGUGCAUUGUGUCCAUUUCAACUUGUGCUGAGUCGAGCAAUUCCGUAGAGGGAGAGACAUCAACCAAUACAAGAUACCCUUUCAUUUUAAUUUCGAACCGAGAUGAAGAAUACGAUCGGCCUACCCACAGCGAUUUUCAACUAGUUGCUGGUUCUAUAUUAUGUGUCACAGAUUUGGUGUAUCACAAUACGUGGCUUGGGGUGAAUAUCCAUAAUGGUAGCAUGGCCAUUGUAACAAAUGUAGAUGACGAUUAUGCAGAACAAAUUCCAACAUUGGAGCUUUAUAAGAAGAAAGAACCGAGUUCCUCAAAGCUGCCUCUCAACCAUUCUCACGAUCAAGCUUAUUGUCAUGCAAAGGAAAGCCAAUCUAAAACAACAAAAGUCAUACGAAGCCGUCUUUUGCUUGAUUUAUUAUUGGAGAAACAAGACAUGAAAAGCCACAAUGAUUACAUUGAACUUGUGAAAAAACAUGAACAUGAAUGGCUUCAAACGAAAGGAUGUAUUGUACUUUGUGGAAAUUUAUUUUCCUACUUGGACAGUAGUACUCCUUCAGAUUUGGUCUAUUUCACCAACAGAGAGUUCAUAAGAGAUGAGCAUGGAAAGCCACUCUCUCAAUGGCCUGUAAAAUUGACCAAACAUUUACAUAUUGAACGACUUACCAAUGGUGAGACAUACUGUGCUUCCAAUUCGUUUCUCAAUGACCAUUUGUGGCAAAAAGUGAAAGUAUUACGAGAAAGAAUGCAUGAAUGUUUUAGGGAAGUGAACAAUGACCAAAGCCCUCAAGAUCUCGUUUCGAAGUUUAGUAAGCUGUUAAAUAUCAGGAAUAUUAAUGAAUACCAAGACAACUCCAUAUCUAUUAAUGAUAUCGACAAGUUCAGUGACGAAUUCAUGAAGGAACAUCAAUUUGAGGUUGAGCCUAUUGCGCUCAUUAAGGAAUACAAGCAAAAAUUUCAGAAUACUUCACCCAAUUCCAAUUCUCAUACCACCACUAACUCACAAGCUAACUUGAAAAAUCCACAAUUUCUAGCAGAAAGACGGAUAGACAUUCACCUCUAUGACCGAAGCACCAUCAAUGACAUUUUUGUGCACUAUCAAAGCAAGUUCACCAAUUGGAAAACAAAAUCUCAAUCCAUUAUCAUUGUUGACAGAUUUGAGAAAAAGAUUCACUUCUUCUUCAGGGAUGUUAAUGAGUACAGCUUGAUCAACGAUGAGCUAAAUUCAACUCUGCCAUGGAAUUCAAAAGAAAUUGUCUUGAGUUCCUUUUAA